AUGACAACUCGAAUCGACUUUGACAAUUUGCCCAUAGGCACAGAUGUCACAACGCAGUAUCAUUCGCGCGGGGUGAUGGUGCACAAGGGCCGAAUUGCAAGUGAUCCCUCGGCCUCGACCCCGACCCCGAACAAAGUCCUCCACGCCACAGAAUACCGCGGCUCGGCCGAAUUCCCCGAGGCUGUCAUCGGGUUUAAUUUCAUCAGACAUGACCAUCAGUACAUCGCGAUGACAGCCGUCUCCAACCGCGCCGAGGGAGCCGGCGGGAUGCUCAAGGCAUUCGACUCGACGGGCAGGGUUUUGAUAGAGCGGGACUUCGGGGUCCCUCCAGGCUCGCGCUCUGCAUUCGGCGAAUUCUACUCGCCGACGGCGACGAUUGCCUCGUUUGAGAUUGCAGGCCUCGCGGAUCGGUUUGUCGACAUCGAUAGUCUGGUUUUCGAUGAUCCGACGGAGCCCCUGACGCCGGAUUUCCAGCUCGUGUCGACGAACCCUCGUGCGUUGGGGGUUCAUCAUUCGAAGACCACUGAGGUGAGGAUCAACGUGGUUCGCAUCCAUGGGUCGAGGGGGGCGAUUCGAGUAUUUGCCAGUGAGGUUCCUGAUGGCGUGGUGGUGUCUUCCAUCGUCCCGCAUUAUGUGACGGACGGGGGCGAUUUAUCGUUCUUUACGCUGCGGCUUACGGCCACGAGAGACGCGGAUGCAGGACUUGCGAGGCCGCUGGUGAUAGCUGCGGAGCCGGGCAUACGCACCGCUGGGACUGUUCCUCAUACAAUCAGUCUUGAGGUGGUCAUCCAAGAUGCGUAUGACGUGCAGAUUGUUGGGAUGGAGGUGACGCAGUGUAUUCAAGCUCGCACUUUACCGAAGAAGCCAACGCCCCAGUCGACAGCGCCAGUGCCUUACCAGGGAGGAGAAAGCCCGCAGGUAUUCCUUGCUGCUGGGAAGCUGACGGUUGUCCGGGUCUUUGCCACCUGGAGGCAGCUGCCCAGGUCGGGCUCGCCGCCGACAACGUACGAGUGCCGCUUGUGGGGACGACGGAACGGCGAGGACCUGCCUGGAGGCCCUCUAUCGAGCCUCCGGCCGCUUAGGAUUGGGAUCGAACGCGGCACGGACGGUGUCACCGAUGCUCUGCGAUCUGACCCACGCGCCGGUGCCAUCUUCACCCUCCCAGUGGCAUGGACGGCGGACGGCGCGAUCGAGCUGACCGCGCAGCUGAUCAAUAUCAACCUCUGGCCGACCCCAGACGCCAUCGACCUGGAGCCGCGCAAUGACUCCUUUACCCUGGCAGGGGUUGUAUUCCGGGCGAUGCGGCCCGUCGAGGUCGUCCACGUCAAGAUGGCCAUCGAGGCAUGCGACUCGGGCUACGUGAACCAAAUCAGCGAGAGCAUCCAGGGCUGCCGAACGCUAUUCCCCGUCGCCGACAACCACUUCACUGCGAGGGACGUCGGCACCAUGCACAUUGACGACAUCUACGCCAUGACAAAGGAGUCCUGCGGCAUCUUCGGCUGGGCCACAUGCAGUGUCGGCCCCAUGGAGCGCGGCGACAUCGCCUGCGACCUGCUGCGGGACUUUGUAGACGACAACUCGGCCUCCAUCGACCUUGACAACGACCCGCUAAUCCUCGGCACACACGCCGCAGGGGGAGCCAUCAACGGAAACACAUCGCGCUCAUUCCUGUGCCUGACGGUCUCCGUCGCGGAGGACCGGGACCGCCCACUCACAUCUGUCGCGCACGAGCUCGGCCACGCCGUGGACCGCAGCCACGCCGGAAAGGCUUGCAGCGCCCCAGACGCGGUAAGCUGGCCGCCAGACGACCGCGGGCUGAUCCAGGGCGUCGGCUUGGACUGCCGCACCCUGCGACUCCUGUUCCCGGACGACCGGAACGAGUUCUUCGACUUCAUGAGCUACUGCGGCAGAGAGGGGAGCGGCGAUCCCGAGCACUGGAUCUCCCGGCGCGGCUGGCGAGAGACCCUCCAGCACAAUCUGCACUUCGAAUGGCCCCCACGAGAUCCACGUGCGCCGCCGCGUUAUCUCGUCGGGGAUAGCAGCAGAACAAGCGCACCGGGCAUCAUCGUCCAGGCGCGCGUCCGGAAGGAAGGCCACGUCAUUCUGACAAAGGUGGCCCCCGUCGUCGGCAGAGCCCCCAUUCAAGCAGAGGCGAAGGAGGAAUCGGCGUACGAGAUCAUCGUGCAGGACCGCGCGUUGAACGAGCUCCACCGCGUGCACCCAGUUCCCAUUGACGACGCCGCAUGUGCCGGGGACGCGCGGUCCUCCCUGCAAGCCGUGGUCCUGGUAAAAGACUACUCGGAAAUCGGCGCCGUCGAAAUCCACAAGGACAGUACGCCCGUGGCACGCCGAGUCCGCGCAGUUCACCCACCCAUCGUCAAGGACGUCAAAGCCCACCUCGACUCGGCAGACAACCCGCAGCAGUGGACUGUUACCUGGACAGCCACCAGCCAAGCAGAGAGCGAAAACCCUCUCAGCGUGAAGAUCGACUACUCGAGCAAUGGCGGCAGCAGCUGGACGCCGCGGUAUUACCAUCCACGCCGGAACGAGGGGGUCGCCAAACUGCCCAAUCUGUACUUCUCCAAGGCCACGGGGAAAAGCGGCAUGGUGCGCGUGAGAGUCUCGGACGGAUUCAACCUGGUCUCGGCGGUAUCUGCGGGCUUCGAUGCGCCCGGGUACAGUCCCAUUGUUCGGAUUAUUACUCCUGCGGCGAGUGGGCAGGCUUUUCUACCUGGGGCGUUUGUCUAUCUCCACGGUGAAGCGUAUGAUGAUAGGCAGGAGUACCUUACGGGCAAGUCCCUUAUAUGGUCCCUGGACGACAAAGAAAUCGGCCACGGGAAUGUAGCGGGGACUAAGAUCGCGCAGGCGGGGAGUUAUAGUAUCCAGUUGAAGGCGAUAGAUAGUCACCAGCGAGUGUCUAUUGCGAUGAUUAAAGUUGUGGCCAAGUCUGAGGGGUGGGAUGAUGGCAAGGUCUGA